GGGACAUAACUCCGGUCAAAAUGGCAUUCGGAGGAGGUCACAGUUUUAUCCGAGUUAGCCGAAGUCGCACAGCGUUGAUCCGAUUAUUCAAUAUGGCCGCUGGAGGACCGAGUGUGUGGUACCAGAAGGAGGUGACGGUAGGAGCAAAGAAACGAGGCUGUCAUCUCAUAUCUGACGACAUUGUGAAACAAUUUCCUGAAAUAAAAAAGAUAUCCGUGGGACUCCUGCAUAUACACAUCAAACACACGUCAGCAAGCCUUGCAUUGAAUGAAAACUGGGAUCCUGAUGUAAGGGUUGACAUGGAGAUGAUGCUCAAUAAGAUAGUUCCAGAGGGAGCUGGUUACCUUCAUUCCUGUGAGGGUCCGGAUGAUAUGCCAGCGCAUGUGAAGGCGGCUCUGAUCGGCAGCAGCGUCACGGUGCCGGUCACCGACGGGAAGAUGAACAUGGGAACAUGUCAGGGUGUGUGGCUGUGUGAACACCGCAACCGUGCAGGUUCUCGUCAUCUAGUAGCAACACUGCAAGGAGCUACAAAACAGUAGCAUUUGUUGAUGUGUAACGAGGAACUCCACUGCACAGCUGUUUGAUGGUUUCAGCUGCAAGACACCAUAUCUUUCAGCUGCAUUUGAAGACUUGUAUAUAUUCAUUUGUGUACAUGCAUUGUCUUGCCUUUUACUUUGUUUGUUCAUGGAUCAGCAGGCCUUGUUUAGUGUAUUUUCCUGUCUAUUAAGAAGAUUUCGGUUUUGAGAAAAGAGUGGCAGUAUUUGAAACCUAAAGUUGAUUGUAUUCAUCCUGUAAUAACAUAAAGACGAAACAAGCACAACAAAGUUCACUCAACCAGCUUCUGUGAACGUCCUGGUUAUAAUUCGUCUUCAGCAACCCAUGCUAGUGGUAAGAGGCGACUUACAGGAUCAAGUGGUCAGACUUGCUGACUUGGUUGAUGCAUGUCAUUGGAUCACAUUUGUGUAGGUCGAUGCUCAUGAUAUCAAUCACUGGAAUGUGUAGUCCAGAUUUGAUUAUUUGUUGACUGUGGUCAUAGAGCUGGAAUAUUGCUGAGUGCAACAGUAAACAACAAACAAAACUCUAACCCUUCUUAAUUAUCCCUACAUAGGAUACAUCAAGAGAUAUUUUAAAGUUGUUUUUUCUUUUAAAAAUAGUUUAUGGUUUUGAAAAUGAAUCCCUUGACCAUUCAUAAGUGGGCACUAUAAUAUGUAUGAUGUCUUGAUAUGUCAUGGAUGACUACAAUAUGUUGGGGUAGAAUUGUUGUGAGAGAAGAUACAAUUGAUACCCUGAUGCCAUAGGACGUUGAUCGUGCUGUCAACCUCUGGUUUGUUUGGCCAUGAUUCCUUGAUCAUGUUCACGUUGCUGGAACAUUGCUGUGUCUUAAAACAAACAUACAAGAGUGAGUUCCCUUGCCAAAUACGUUAUUAUUAGUCUUAAUACAUAAUACUAGAAUAUUUUGUAAAAAGCGACUAUGCUUGUCACAAGAGGAGACUAACAGGAUCGGGUGUUCAGGCUCCCUGUUGUGGUUGAUGCAUGUCAUCGUAUCCCAAUUGCGUGGGUCCAGACUGGAUUAUUUACAGACUGCUGUCAUAUAGCUGGAAUAGUGCUGAUCGUUGUUAAAACAAACAAACAAACUUGAAGAAUUUGAUUUUAUUCUGUUAAUGUUGCUAAAAUGCGCAAACGUUUCAGCCAUAUGAGAAUGUAUCUCUACAUUUUUUUACAUAAGAUGAUCACAUGAUAUAUUAUUCUUUUAAUGUAUAGUAUUGUAUAAACAUGUGUAUAGUGUAUCAGUGGAUAUAAUUUAUUUCUCAAACGACCAUUGUUUCAGAUAAGAUAAUGUACAGUUAUGUCAUGAAUAAAAACCGUUGUGAAUGAUG